UCCAAAAUAUAUCGAUUUACAAUUUUUAUUUAUAUCAAUUUAGAUUCCAUGAUGGUUAGAAAUAUAUACAACCUUACACUGCAUUCAUUUCAGCCGUCCGAUACAAUAAUGAUACGCAAUUCAUCUGUGGUGAAUCACAUUGUCUCACCGAACCUCACUCUAAACUGAACCUGCAAAUUCACUUUCACAAACAAAAAUCACUCACAUUACUCACAUGGCCACAACCACAAGAGAACCGAAUCAACCAAAGAAAAAACUCCCGCUAUUUCCCCUUAUCUCUCUUCUCUCUUUCACUUCAAUCUUCUUUCUUCUCUCCCAAUUCAGAAACACUUCAUCCUCCUCCUCUUCAAUCAAAGCUUUCUCCUCAAUUCACAAUUUCCAAAUCGACCACCGCCGCGGUUCAUGCGAUUACUCCGACGGAAUAUGGAUCUACGACGAGUCCAGGGUUUCCAGAUACGAUAGCUCGUGUAAGGAGAUUUUCAAGGGUUGGAAUUGUGUUAGGGGGAAUAAAGCUAAUGGUGUGGAAGUUGCGAAAUGGCGGUGGAAACCUAAUGGAUGUAGUGAUCUUGAUCAGUUUGAUCCUCUUCGGUUUCUUCAGACUCAUACACACACCAGCAUUGGUUUUGUUGGGGAUUCACUCAAUAGGAACAUGUUUGUGUCACUUUUCUGCACUCUUAGGAGUAGUAUCUCUGAUGGACAGGUUAAGAAGUGGAGACCUGCUGGUGCUGACCGUGGAUUCACGUUUCUGACUUACAAUCUCACUAUUGCUUAUCACCGUACUAAUCUUCUUGCACGUUAUGGUAGAUGGUCGGCUAGUGAGAAUGGUGGUGCCUUAGAAACUCUUGGAUUCAAAGAGGGCUAUAGAGUAGAUGUUGAUGUUCCAGAUAGUACAUGGGCACAAGCUGCAAAUUUCCACGACAUUCUAAUUUUUAACACUGGGCACUGGUGGUGGGCCCCUUCGAAAUUCGACCCUGUGAAUUCACCUAUGCUUUUCUUCAAGAAUGGUCAGCCAGUAAUCCCCCCAUUACGUCCAGAUGAAGGCCUGGAUAUGGUUUUAGAGCACAUGAAAUCAUAUGUGGAGGAAAAAGCACGACCAGGUGCAGUCAAAUUUUUUCGUACUCAAUCGCCCAGGCAUUUUGAAGGAGGAGACUGGGAUCAAGGUGGUUCCUGUCAAAGAGAUCGACCUUUAUCGGCAGAACAGGUAGAAGAACUUUUCUCUGUGAAGAAUAACGGGACAAAUGUGGAGGUUCGGUUGGUGAAUGAACACCUCAAUAAGGCUCUUAAGGGAUCGAGUUUUGUUAUUUUGAACAUCACUUACUUGAGUGAGUUAAGGGCUGAUGCUCACCCUGCUUCUGCUGGUGGAAAAAAGCAUGAUGAUUGCAUGCACUGGUGUUUACCUGGAAUUACAGAUACAUGGAAUGACUUGUUUGUAGAGCAUCUAAAUAGUAUCGAACAUAGGAGUUGAUAAAGUGGUUUGGUUACUUGUGCUAAAUAGAGAUAACAAAAGCACUGUCUAAGUGCAUCUUGCAGAGCAUAUUGGUUGCAUGCAAAAUUCACGUGUCUGCAUAGGGUUUUCUUGAGAUUUUACCCGAGGUGUAACAAAAGUUUAGAGAUAGUUCAAUUCUAUUGAAUUUAUAUUGGACCA